AUGUUCACGAGCCUAGCAAGGAGGCACUCGAGGUGUCUGCGACCUUCUUCAUGCCGGGGAAAGUUGAACAUCUGGGAGUCAGCAAGUGUGCAUCAGUAUACCUCGAUUUCACCUUUCUCUACGACCAGACGCUGCGACGCAGGACCCAGGAUCAAGGCUGGCGGCUCCUUCGCCAAAGUACGCUUCUCACAGACGGACGUCCCCCAAUUGGCAUUCUGGAAAGAGAGGGCACGGCCGCCUCUCGUCUCGGGCCUGGACCCAGAAGACUGCUUCAGGUCCGCUCAUACCUAUGUCGACCUGGCCAUUGCCGACAGGCCGGGCUGGCGCAACACUCUGAGGGACCCUCCUCACUCACUGUCCUAUGAAACGCUCCACUACAUGGCAGCCAUGGUAAUCGCCGGGUCUCCAGGUCCUGCCUUUCCAAUUGCCUUGCACAUUUACACGACACUGGUCUCACUAAACUACACGCCGAGCAUCUUGACCAUGACGCGGUUGGCCUUGAUGAGAAAUUUGCUGGGACAGCCACAAUUCAGAGAGACUGAGGAAAAGUUUGCGGCAUUGGUCCGGCGCAAAGACGAUCCAAAUGCCUGCACGCUGCAAGGGAUGAUCCUGAUGGCCAAGUCAACGCCCGAGACGGACAAGAAGGCGCUCGAGUGGUUCCGUCUGGCAGCGUCGCUGGGCGGCGAGGAACCCGGGGCGUGGGAGUGGCAAGGUGCCUGCGCCGUCGAGAUGGGCAAGGUCUACCUGCGCCUCAAGAACCCGCAAAGGGCCAAGGAUAUAUUCAAGUACUCUGCCGAGACGCUAGACGCGCCCGAGGCAGCCUUGCUGUACUCGUCUUUGCUCGACGAUUCGGAUCCGGAAAAGUAUAUCUGGACUCGAAAAGCAGCCGUUUCCGCUGUCAAUAAUGCUGCACGAGAGAUGGCACGGCUGGAGGGUUUGAGGGCGCCUAGUCAGGAUUCGAAAAGUGUAGGAGCUUGGGAAAAGAAGAAAUCAUUGGUGCUACAGAGAGAAUGGGAAGCUAUAGCUGGCGAUCGUGCAAUUGUCUAA